AUGACGAGCCCCGUCCAGACCUCCAUGACGACAGGCGCCCUCACGGACACCGCGGUGCCCGCCAUCGCGCCUCCCUCGUCGGCCGCCCUCGCCGUCAAUGUCGCCAGCGUGAAAAUGCACAUCUCGGUCUUCCUCGACCUCCAGGCUUCCAACUUCGCCAAGUGGGACAUGCUGCUUGGCGUUCUCCUCGGCCGGUACGAGCUCACCGGACACAUCUUCGUCCACACCCCGGCUGCUACUCGUGAUGCCGAGAGGCUAUGUCAGGACAUCACGGUCCGCUCGUGCCUGUACGGCUCCAUCAGCGACGACAUCCUCGACACCAUCAUGGGCUCGAACCAGACUGCCUACGUCACCUACACGCUGAUCUGCAACCUCUUCCUCGAUAAUCAGCUCACUCACGCGGUCUACCUCGAGGCGGAGUUCAGUGCCCUAGCAUAA